AUCCGGCAAGUGAGGGCGACAACCGCGAGGCGUACUAUGCCGACAAGCGGGUCCGCUUCCCGCCGCUGAACGAGCGUGAGAAGGGCAAGGACUACAGCGAGGGAGCCAAGGUUUACAACUUUGCCAACCCCAUUCUGUAGACGCCGAGAGAUGCAUGGCGUUGCAUUCAAUCUUCUUCUACCUCUUUCUGAACCUCGGCCCUUGCCGUUAUCUCAUGCCAGCCACAAUAAAAGACGCUUGUUUAAAGAAAGUGCAUCUGCUGUUAUCAGCAAUGUCUUGCAUAUACAGUAGAGAUGGCUGUGGCAGUGCAUGUGGCAUGUACGGUGCUACUAGGCAAAGGCUUCUCAUUGUUAUUCCGGGCCCAGUGUCCACUGACCCGCCUCUCCCGACAAUCCAUCCGUUCUCGGAUCUGUUCCAGAAUGUACCGAGCAGCAGGGUUUUGUAUGUGCACAUCUCCAGUCGACAAUGCCAAUGGAUCCAGACACGUUCAUUCAGCGACCAGCACCGUUCUUCCUCAGUUGAAGUCACUCCAUCUCGCUAAGACUGAUAUUGGAUCAAUGGAUUUCACCGUUCGGGAGGAUUUACAAUUUUUGGAGAGAUUUACAAUCCUUGGGAAAUGUAGUGUGUUGUUUAUCCAGCAGUAGCCUUCACUCUCCUGCAAUGAAAAGGAGCACGUU